AUGAGGACAAGAUAUAAAAGCCCUUCAGGGACAGGCAUUCUCGAAAUUGAUGAUGGCGCCACAAUUCAGAUGGUUUUCGAUGCACUCAAGGCAGAGACACGAAUUGAAAACUUUUCAAUCAAGUAUGGUCCUCCAAACGGAAUGAAAACCAUCAAGCUAGAACACAAAGAUCUCGUAGCCAGAGACUUCAGGCUCCACGGCGAAACACUUACAAUCGUUCCGAUCCAGUCUAAGGUAGAUUUGGCAAGCUCCGGUUAUGCUCCGCACCGUUCGGAUGAUGGAAAACACGCCGGAACAGCCAUCAUCGCUAAUACGAGCUCCGGUGAUGUAGUAAUACCAUGGCCAGAGAGGGAAGGCAGCUUGCUUCUUCGUGUCAUGCCAAGUGAUAAUAGCUGUCUCUUUACAGCGUUUGGUGGAGCUCUACUGAAACAAAUUCCCGCAGAGAAACUCCGUCAGAUGAUGGCUGAGUGUAUCACGGAGCAUCCUGACGUCUAUACUGAAGCAAUUCUCGGUUGCUCGCCCACUGACUACUGCCACGGCAUCAAGGAUCCUGAUCGGUGGGGAGGGGGAAUUGAGCUCAGUAUAUUGUCUACGAUUUUUGACAUUCAAAUAUGUACUUUUGAUGUUCAGGGACAAAAUCUCAUGACCUUCGGCGAGGGAAAGCAGGAUCGAUGCAUUUUGGUUUAUUCUGGCAUUCAUUAUGACCGUGUUGCCUUUAGCUACUCUGAUUUUCCUCACAAUGUGGCUUCGUUGCCUCCAGAAAUGGACAGGUCGAUCUGGCCCACCGAUGAUUCAGAGGUGCUGGUGGACUGGUCUUAG